AUGCAGCCCACACAAUGUCUGAUGAAACGGAUAACCCGACUUGCCCUAACUACGAAGAAAGCAAAUAAGGGAUACUACAAGGGUACAGGAAGUGGCUCGACGGGUCGACAUACACAACACGGAGGGUACAUAAUCGAGUGGGAUAAAGUCAGGACAUAUGUUGUGCCCCCAAACCUCAAGGAGUGCAAACUCUCACCGUUUGUCACGAAAAAAAUAACGCCGCCAAGAGGAAGGUUCGAAAAUGAUCCUAAAGGUGCUUUCAGCGGAGAAGCAUAUCUGCGGAAGUGGAAGGAAACCUCUGAUGGAAUGACAUGA